CUCACAGAUUUCAUUCUGCUACAGCUGGUGGCUGAGCAUUUCUGCCUGGGAUGGCGGAGGAUCAGGAGCUGACUCAGCCACACAAAGCUCAACUUGAGCCCUCCCUUCAGCAGCGCACCAGCAACACAUACCGCAGUGCCGAGCACUCUCAGGCCUUGCUCAGUGGCUUGGUAUCUCUCCGAGACAGCAGCAUCCUCUUCGAUGUUGUUCUGGUAGUGGAAGAGAAACCUAUUGAGGCUCAUCGCAUACUCCUAGCUGCAUCCUGUGAUUAUUUCAGAGGAAUGUUUGCAGGAGGACUGAGAGAGAUGGAACAAGAAGAAGUUCAUAUUCAUGGCAUCUCCUACAAUGCAAUGUGUAAAAUCUUGAACUUCAUCUAUACUUCUGAGCUGGAACUCAGUGUGAACAGUGUACAGGAAACCUUAGCUGCAGCCUGUCAGCUUCAGAUUCCAGAAGUCAUUAAGUUCUGUUGUGAUUUCCUUAUGUCCUGGGUAGAUGAAGAGAACAUCCUCGACGUAUACAGACUAGCUGACCAUUAUGACUUGAAACAUUUGAGUGAUCAGCUGGACUCGUACAUUUUGAAGAACUUUGCAGCUUUCUCAAGGACACAAGUGUACCGACAGCUACCCUUGCAGAAGGUCUACUCCCUUCUCAGCAGCAACCGUCUGGAGGUUAACUAUGAGUUUGAAGUUUACGAUGGGGCACUUUUUUAUCAUUAUUCUCCAGAGCAACUGGAGACAGAUCAGGUCUCCCUGACGGAGCCACUUAAGCUACUUGAGACAGUUCGUUUUCCUCUGAUGGAACCCCAGAUCCUGCAAAGGCUUCAUGACAAAUUAAGUCCAUGUCCUUUAAAAGAUACAGUUGCAGAUGCAUUAAUGUACCACAAGAAUGAAUGUCUUCAGCCGAUGCUUCAGACUGCCCAGACACAGCUGAGAUCAGAGUUCCAGUGUGUAGUGGGAUUUGGAGGGAUGCAUUCUACUCCAUCCAUUGUCCUCAGUGAUCAAGCCAAGUAUCUGAACCCUUUGUUGGGAGAGUGGAGGCACUUUACAGCUGCACUAGCCCCCAGAAUGUCCAACCAAGGGAUUGCUGUUCUCAAUAAUUUUGUAUAUUUAAUUGGCGGAGACAACAAUGUAAGUGGUUUUCGAGCAGAGUCAAGGUGUUGGAGGUAUGACCCGCGACACAACAAAUGGUUCCAGAUCCAGUCCCUACAGCAAGAGCACGCUGACCUCAGUGUUUGUGUUGUGGACAACUAUAUAUACGCCGUCGCAGGCCGAGAUUACCAUGAAGACCUGAGGGAAGUGGAGAGGUAUGACCCUAAAAGCAACACUUGGGAAUACGUGACACCUCUGAAGAAGGAGGUAUAUGCACAUGCUGGAGCAGCGCUGGAUGGAAAGAUGUACAUUACUUGCGGGAGGAGAGGAGAAGACUAUUUGAAGGAGCUUCAGUGUUAUGACCCAAAGACUGACCGCUGGGACAUUUUAGCAGAUGGUCCAGUGAGACGUGCUUGGCACGGGAUGGCUGCACUGCUAGGAAAGCUGUAUGUAAUUGGAGGAAGCAACAACGAUUCUGGCUACAGAAGGGAUGUUCACCAGGUUGCCUGCUAUAGGCCAAGCACUGAUCAGUGGACAAAUGUAUGCCCGCUCCCUGCAGGACACGGAGAGCCAGGCAUCGCAGUCUUGGACAACAGGAUCUACGUCUUGGGAGGCAGAUCUCACAACAGAGGAAUCCGCAUGGACUAUGUCCACAUUUACGAUGCAGAGCGAGACUGUUGGGAGGAAGGACCCCAGCUGGAGGAUGAUAUUUCUGGGAUGGCUGCCUGUGUCCUCACUUUGCCCAGGGCCAUUUUAAUGGAAACUGAGAAAUGGUGCUCGGAAUGGCAUGCAGACCGCGUGAAGUAUCACCUUGACUUUCCAUCAGAAGUUAUGAGCGUAUCAGACUGGGAGGAAUUUGACAAUUCAAGUGAAGAUUAGAAAACCUGAAUACUAAUUUUUAGCCUGUGGAUGAGGAAAGGCUUGGAAAAAAUACUUAGAGAUUUUAUAUGUCUUUCUUAUAUACAUAAAUCAGUAUUUAAAGGUUUGAAAAAUACGUGUUCUGCACAAAAUGCCAUUCACAGUCAGUAUCUGCCCAUCUGCAAGUGGUCUGCACAAAAUGCCACUUACAGUCAGUACCUGCCCACCUGCCAGAAAGCAGCGUUUUAUAGUAACCACAGAACUGCCAUUUUCCCACCAGUUAA